AUGCUUAUUAACUUCUUUCUUACUUAUGUUCGGGUUCUAAAGCGUUCUUCAUAUUUUUCUGAAAUUAUCCAACCGCAAAUCCAUGCUUCCAAUGAAAAAUCCGUGCUAUAUUUUCCUUCUUUUCUCUUAUUUUCUUUCUUUCUUUUUCAUUUUUUCUUUCUUUCUUUUUUCCUAUUUUCAUUCAUUUGUCGUAUAUCUUUAUUUUCUUCAGUUUUGUAUUUUCUUUCUUCCUUUUUUCUCUCAAAAUCAUAUUAUAGUAUUUCUUCCAUUUUCGUAUUUUCUUUCGUUCUUUUUAAUUUCUUUUUGUAUUUUUUCAGUCUUUUUCUUAUUUUGAGUUUUAUAUUUUCAUUCUUUUGUGGUGUUUCUUUCUUUCUUUUAUUUUGCAUGUUCUUCGUAUUUUCUUUCCACCUUUUUCGUAUUUUUAAUCAUUUUCCCUAUUUCUUUUUCUUUUUGUAUUUUCUUCAUUCUUUGUAUUUCCAUUCUUUAUUCGUAUUUUUCUCUUUUCGUAUUACUAUUAUCUUUUAUGUUACUUUUCACAUUUUCUGUUUCUUUCUUUUUUUCUUUUUUCUUUCUUUCUUUCUUUCUUUCUUUCUUUCUUUCUUUCUACUGGCGCUUUUGUUCUUUCUUCUUGUCUCCUGUUUCCUUUCUUUCUUUCUUCUGGUGUUUUUCUUCUUUCUUCAUUUCUCCUGUGUUCGUCCGUUCUUUCUUUCUUUCUUUCUUUCUUUCUUCUCGUGUUUUUCUUUCUUUCUUUCUUUCUUUCUUUCUUUCUUUCUUUCUUUCUUUCUUUCUUUUUUUCUUUCUUUUCUUUCUAAUCUUUCUUUUUCUUUUCUUUUCUUCUUGUCUCCUGUUUUGUUUUCUUUCUUCUUGUCUCCUGUUUCCUUUCUUUUCUUCUCUAGUGUUUUUCUUCUUUCUUCAUUUUCCUGUGUUUGUUCUUUUCUUUUCUUUUUUUUUCUUUCUUUCUUUCUUUCUUUUUCUUUCUUUUUUUUCUUUUACUGGCGCUUUUGUUCUUUCUUCUUGUCUCCUGUUUCCUUUCUUUCUUCUGGUGUUUUUCUUCUUUCUUCAUUUCUCCUGUGUUUGUUCUUUCUUUCUUUCUUUCUUUCUUUCUUUCUUUCUUUCUUUCUUUCUUUCUUUCUUUCUAAUCCUGCUUUUGUUCUUUCUUCUUGUCUCCUGUUUCCUUUCUUUCUUCUCGUGUUUUUCUUCUUUCUUCCUUUCUCCUGUUUUCUUUCUUUCUUUCUUUCUUUUAGUGUUUUUCUCCUUUCUUUCUUUCUUGUUUUCUUUUUCUUUCUUUCUUUCUUUCUUUGUUUUUUUUCUUUCUUUCUUUCUUUUGUUUUUCUUCUUGUUUCCUUUCUUUCUUUCUUUCUUCUCGUGUUUUUUCUUCUUUCUUCCUUUCUCCUGUUUUCUUUCUUUCUUUUCUUAUUUUUCGUAUUCUUUUUCUUUCGAUUGCUAUUUCCUCAUUUUUUCUUUUUUCGUUUUCUUUCCUUUUUGGUAUUUUUCCUUUUCAUAUUCGAAACAUUAUUGAGAUUCUCUUUUUAG